AUGGAGCAUCCGAUGAUCUGCCAUCUUCAGGGCGUCAACGAGGACCUUCUUGCAGAUAUCAUGCACCGUCUUGAUGGUCUAGCCUUGGCCUCCCUUGCUUCCACCUCUACUUACUUCCGACGCAUUGUUCGACACCACACGUCCUGGAAACAUUUGUGCCACUCUACAUGGCCUUCUACUGCUUAUCGUCUCCUUUCACCUUCUAUCAUCCACCGUUUCGAUAAUUUAUUUGCUGACGCCUAUCCCUUGAUUCUCUAUGAUGAUAUGGCUAAUGAUAAUUCUUGUGAAUUAGAAACCACCACUUCAUCUUGUGAUUUUGUGUCUCUAGUCGAUGUAUAUUACAAGAAUCAAUGCGUCCUUUCCAAAUCUCUCGAGGGCAUACCUGAAACUGUAGAUGCAUUCCAAACUAAAUUCACAGAUGCCAACUGGGACACGAUUUCCGGAGAACGUCAGCAAUGGUUUCUCAAUUGUCCUUUUAAACUGCAAAUCCUGGAUACCGCAGAUUAUGAUGAGGAUGAUCUCGACUUGUCGAAUGGUAAUCUUGGUGAUACUAACAAUGAUGAAAGAUCAACUCCUCUGCCCUUAUCACCAGCAGACCAAAAGACACAAGACCACUGCAAGGAGUUGACGCGAGACCUCAGGUUGAGUAGGAUACUUUUAGACACAAAGGCAGGUAGGGCAGUUAAUCUCUCGAGCUGGAAGCCAUUUUCUGUACAGAGUAUUUGGCCCCAUCAGGGGAACCAUGUGAUGCAUUUUGGGAGCGUUAUACCAGUGGAAGAGACUCUACUGCCUGGCAAGCUGGUCAGGUGCAAAAUAACAACUAAAUUUAAGGUGACAGAAAGGCAAGGGUAUUCCCGAUGGAGGGAUAUCAGCAUGAGCAUUGAGGGUGUGUCAGGUGCCACCGUUAAUGGGAGGAAGAGUUUGAUGAUUCUGAAUAAGGCACUAUACAGCCCACGAAGUACAAAUCAGCUUAAGGUGGAAAAUGGCCUCAAUCAAUAUGAAAAGCACAAGAAAGAGAUGGCUAAGAGACGAGAAAAGAGAGAGAAACUAACUAAUUGGCUUUAUAUAUCAAUUGAAAUUGCAAUGUUUGCAGUUUCUUGUCAUGCUUUAACUCGAUUGUUUUAG